CCCGAAACCUAACUCCCAAUUGGCCCAAAAAUGGCACUCAGUUUCUAUCCCGCCACGAGUACCAUUUCAACACCUCCUCUUCGUCUCCUCUCUCAUCAAAAUCAUCUUCCUUUAACGAUUCAUCUCCACCGUUCAUCUCCAAAUCCCCACCGAUUUCCCUGCCGGUGCCUCGCCGCUAGUCCCGGCGGCCCUCCGCCGCCUCAACCUGACCCACCCACCGGCGACGACCCAACUCCAUCCGAAGGUCCUACAGCAACUUUGUCUAGGUUACAAGACACCUUGCAGAUCUUCUUUGCUGUUCUUUUUUGGAUGUCCCUCUUCUUCUGGGCUUCAGCAUGGGAUGGAAAAAAUAAUGGUAGACCAGGCAAGGGUUCUCGAUUUAGAAGAUAACUAGGUUGCAACUUGCAAGACGCCAUGCAGAUCUUCUUUGCUGUUCUUUUCUGGAUGUCACUCUGUUCUUCCGAGCUUCUGCAUGGGAUGGAAGGUAUAUAGUGGUAGACCAGGUAAGGGUGCUCAAUUUGGAAGAUAACUAUGUAAACACUUAGUAAUAGAAUUAAAGGGUGCAGUAUUAGAAUAUAUGCAUGUAGAAAAAUUGAUAUAGUUCGGAUAAUUGUUAGAUGUAUACUUGCCUUCAUUAAUUCAUUGUUAUAUCACUUAUUUCUAGAUCUCUUUUGUACUGUAUAUCUUUGUAUUCAAUACAUUGUUGAUAUGUUA